AUGACAGAGCCGGAUUUACAAACCUUUACCUCCAUCAUGGACGCGUUGGUGCGCAUUAGCUCUAACAUGAAGAGUAUGGAGAAGGAGCUGAAGUGUCCGCUGUGUGAUGAGAUGGUGAAGCAGCCCAUCAUCUUGCCUUGUUUACACAGUGUGUGUGUGUUAUGUGCCGCAGAGGUGCUGGUACAGAGAGGGUAUCCUCCUCCUGAACUACCCCCUGAGCCCAACACCCCCACAUCCAGCCCAAACACACGCUCCCCUCGCCAGGCACGGAGACCUCUGCCCAAACCAGACCGGCUUGACCGCGUCCUUCGAACAGUGUGUGGGACGUACCCUGGGCGCAGGCGUAAGGACACUCCUCCUCUCAUCAUGCUGUUUCCGUGUCCGUUGUGUAAGAAGGAUGUGGAGCUGGGAGAGAGAGGCCUGGCAGACUGCCUCCGAAACCUCACAUUGGAACGCAUUGUGGAGAGGUACAGACACACCGUAAAUCUGGGCACUUUGGCAGUUAUGUGUCAGUACUGUAAACCUCCUCAGGCAUUGGAAGCCACUAAAGGCUGUGCUGACUGCAGGUCCAACUUCUGUAACGAGUGUUUUAAGCUGUACCACCCCUGGGGUACGCCCCGCGCCCAACACGAACACAUUCUGCCCACACACAGCUUCAGACCGAAGGUGUUGGUGUGUGUGGAGCACGAGCAGGAGAAGCUGCAGUUCUACUGUAGGUCUUGCCAGCGUCUGCUCUGCCCUCUGUGUAAACUACGGCGAGCCCACAGCGGCCACAAGAUCCUACCCGUCGCCCAGGCCUACCAGGCCCUGAAGGAAAAGAUCACCAAGGAGAUGAACUACAUCUUGGCCAAUCAGGAGUUGGUGCAGACUCAGAUCACCCAAUUAGAGAGUGCCAUCACGCAGACUGAGUUAAACAGUUCUGUGGCAAAGGAGCAGUUGUCUCAGUUUGUGAACGAGUUGCGGAGCGUGUUGACGGAGAGGCAAGGAGCUCUGGCGAUGGCGCUGGAGGGGUCACGCACUAAACGGGCGGAAGCACUGACCAAUCAGCUGUCAGAGAAACAGAGUCUGCUGGACAAUGCUGGUCUAAUGACCUACACACAGGAGCUCCUCAAAGAAACUGACCAGCCCUGCUUUGUACAUGCAGCCAGGGUUACACAUAACAGGCUAGCGAGGGCCAUAGAGCACUUACAGCAUUUUUCUCUCGCUGCCGAUCCCUCGUUCCGACACUUUCAGCUCGACGUCUCCAGAGAGCUCAAACUUCUCGCAAGCAUGGACUUCAUACAAGCCCCAUUGGCUCCUGUAAUUGACACUCAAAAGACUUUGGCCUAUGACCAGCUUUACCUGUGCUGGCGCCUCCCCCAAGACUCCGCCCCCGCCUGGCAUUAUUCUGUGGAGUACCAGAGGAGAGUGGGCGGGGCCGGGGCACUUUGGGGCAGAGGCCGGACGGAAGGGGGAGGGGCCAGCAACAGUGCUCCCUGGACGUGGCAGCGACUGGACGAGGUGGGCGGGACCAGCACUGUGAUUGACAGACUGGAGAUGGACAGCGUGUAUGUGUUGAGAGUGCGUGGCUGUAAUAAGGCGGGGUUUGGAGAAUACAGCGAAGAAGUGUAUUUACACACUCCGCCCGCACCAGUUUUGUCAUUCUGCCUGGACUCUCGGUGGGGGUUACAUGCUGAUCGUUUGGCGUUGGGUAAAGGUCAGACGUACGCACGUAGCGUGCCUGGACUGACUCUCUUACAGGCAGCAGACCGCUCCCUAACCUCCUGUCAUCUGACCUCUGACCUCCUGGUAGGCGAUCUGUCUGUCACACAGGGCAGGCACUACUGGGCAUGCUCAAUAGAACCUGGCUCCUACCUUGUUAAGGUGGGGGUGGGACUGGAAGCCAGACUACAGGAGUGGUUCCAUCUUCCUCAAGAUAUGGCUAGUCCGAGGUAUGAUCCUGACAGCGGGCACGACAGUGGAGCAGAAGAUGCACAGGACUCCCCUCCCCCAUUCUGUUUCCUGACUAUGGGGAUGGGUAAAAUCCUACUGCCCCAGUCAGGUUCAGCCAAACCCCCAGCCACCCCUCACACCGCCCCCUUACCCCCACGCCUCGGGGUCUGUCUGGACUUCGACAAAGGCCAGGUCACUUUCUAUGAUGCCCACUCUCUGCGGGUGCUGUGGGAGGGGACCAUUGACUGCUCCGCCCCUGUGUGCCCGGCCUUCUGUUUCAUUGGCGGAGGAGCUCUACAGCUGCAAGAGCUGAUAGCCAAUCGCAGCACGGAGCAGGCUCCACCCAGGAGAGUAACCAUCCAAACGCGCGCUACGAAUCUCAGUAACUGA